UCAAGAUGUUUUGGUUCAACGAAUAUGGGAUAAAAUUUGUUCCGAUUGAUUAAGAGACACGCUUUCAGAAGAGAGGAACAAAGCACUGACAGAAGCCAAAACAAACAACAUUAAGGAUUGCAAAGGCAUGUCAAGAGAAUGGAUCACAAAUGAAAUAUGGGAUGCCCUUAUCGAUACAGUAUGGGGUAUAGAAGAAUGGCAAAACAAAUCGAGAAAAGCAAGGCAAAAUCGGUUAACGCCUAAAGAAGGAAGCAUUCCAAAGCACACUGGCGGUUCAGUUCCAUUUGUUGUUCAUGCAAAAAGGAUGGCAAUUGAGAUAAAAAGAGAUGUUAGCUUUUUAGAAGUGUUCAAUCGCACCCAUAAGCAUUUGACGGGUCACGGUGAUUUUAUAGAUAACAAGUCUAAAUCUACGAGUGAAAUGUAUAAUUCUGUAUUAUCACAGAAGUAUGGAGAAGCUUCAUCUGCUCAGUCGGAAUUCGAUCCGCAUGCUUGGAUUGAAGCAAUUGGAGGGAUGGAGACUACAUGCACUCACGUAUAUGGGUUUGGUACUCGGGUGCCUGUUACAGCUCUACUUAAUGGAACACAAAGCAAUGCAGCAACAUCUGAGUCUGCGUGUGGCCCUAUCAAUGCUAACGUUACCAGUCCCGCAAUUGCAUUAGAGGAAAAAGUGAAAAAUCUAUCAAACAACUUAGAUAAGAUUCAUGAGGAAAUACGUGAAGAAAUUAAGAAUGCAAUGUCGGAAAGCAUGAGUGAAUUUAUGGCAUGCAUGGAACCAAUGAUCGUGACUAAUGCGAUUUCAAAACAAGGAAAUGCGGGAACUUCAAGCUUAAAUAUUGACAAGUAAAAAUGCAACAUCUCAUGAUAUGAUGUCUCUUUUCCAUUUUUAGACUUGGAUACUUUUUAGUAUUGAUGUUUAAUAACAAUAUGGAGUUUAUAUCAAGUUAUGUGUUUGACAUUUUGAGAUAUUGUAUGUUUAUUAUAAUUUUAAAUUGUAUGAACUUAACUUUGCAUUUUAGCUUU